UUAAACAGGCAGUCACAUGCCAACCUUUCAUAUAUAUAUAGAAUUGAGAAGCCGAUUCACCCUUGAACCUCGUUUCUAAUUGCAUUUUUGUCUCCUUACACAGACAAUCGAUUGCGCGCGCAGGAUUGCAAUAUAUUGAUCGCGGCCAUCCCAUCACCACCCCGCCCUUAUCUGCACUUGAGUAGACAUAUCAUAUUCGACAUCUUCGUUAUGGCUACCACCAAAAACCUCUCUGUGCCACAGCCCCAGCUGACUCGGCGUGUCUCGUCCGAGGAAGCGCACCGUGUAGAUUUGUUCGGUGGGCCUACAGUGGUCGUCCCGCCGAAACAUCUCAUGGCUGGUGGCGAGGGCUUUACCACCGCAGAAGCGAUCGAACUCGCCAAGAGACAUCUAGAAGAAUCGUCUUCCUCCGAGGAAGCCAGCCCGCUUACUGGCUCCCCUGUUCUCGGAGCGACAACUGCUAGCACAACUUCUUCAGCCACCACGGACAAAUACGCCUUUGCCUUCGAUAUUGAUGGUGUGCUAAUUCGCGGAGGCAAGGCUAUUCCAGAGGCUGUUGAGGCCAUGAGGGUCCUUAACGGCGAGAAUGAAUAUGGCAUCAGAGUACCAUAUAUCUUUGUCACGAAUGGAGGUGGUAAGACUGAAGAGGAGCGCUGUCUUGAUCUCAGUCGCCAGCUUGACCUUGAAGUCUCGCCCGGCCAGUUUAUCUGCGGUCACACCCCUAUGCGAGAAAUGGCCGAGAAGUACAACACCGUUCUGGUCGUUGGUGGCGAAGGUGAAAAAUGUCGUAUCGUUGCAGAAGGAUAUGGCUUCAAGGACGUCGUCACUCCCGGCGAUAUUAUCAAGACCAACCAGGAUACCACCCCAUUCCGCAAACUUACCGACGAGGAAUGGGCGAACUCUCGCGUCCGCGACUUCUCCACGAUGAACAUCGAAGCCAUUUUCGUCUUCGCCGACAGCCGCGACUGGGCCGGUGACCAACAGAUUAUCCUCGACUUGCUUAUGGCUAAGAAUGGUCGCCUUGGUACCCGCUCUGAGACCUUCGAGGAAGGACCUCCAAUCUACUUCUCCCACAACGACGUUGUCUGGUCGACCGCCCAUGACUACACUCGAAUUGGCAUGGGUGCUUUACGCGCCUCCCUCGAAGCUCUAUUCAAGGCUGUUACCGGCAAAGAGUUAACUACCAUCGCCUUCGGCAAGCCUCAACUUGGCACAUUCCAAUUCGCUACCCGUCUCCUUCGUCAAUGGCGCAAGGAUACCCAUAGGAUCAACCGUGCUCCUGACACAGUGUACUUUGUCGGUGACACGCCCGAGUCAGACAUUCGCGGCACUAAUGAAUUCGAUUCCCACCAUGCAUCUGGCGAUGCCGAGUGGUAUUCCAUUCUCGUUAAGACUGGAGUCUUCCAAGAAGGUACUAUUCCACGCUUCCCACCAAAGAAGACCGUGAACAACGUUCUUGAAGCCGUCAAAUUUGGCAUCCAGCGCGAAUUCGCCAAGUCUGUCAAGGAGCAGGUUGGCAAGGGACAGGUCGAUUCAGAUAUCGUUGAGAUUGGUGUUCUAGAGUAAUACCAUGGUUUUCUCCACAUUUCUACAUUUUGUUGUUCUAUACUAUUUUCACGAGUUACGACUGCAUGUGUUUGCAUCAUAAAAGAUAUCCAAUGACGUUUUUAAAAAAGCCCUCCGUCAUCUCUCACGGAGGUUAGAUUCUAUUUGAACGGAUCUGUGAUUUUGUGGCGUUGUGAAUUACUUAUAUGCCCUCUCAGGCUCAUGUCAUUUUCAAGAUUUUAUUUCACCUUAUCUCACUUUUUUGGUUCAUCUCCCUCUCGAUUCGAUUCCUGGACGAUAGCUUGGUUAGGGAGGCUUUAUUACCUUGAAUCUGGUAUUCAGCUGUAUCCAUUGCUAUAAAUCUCUUCGGCUUUUGUAUUUCUUUAGUAUUUAUAUUAGCUUAUGAAUGAUUAAAGAUUAAAGUGACAA